GACCCCCAUCUUGCAAGCAUACAAAUAUUAUUUUCUCCUUGAUUUCAGAGAAAUUCCAGCUCUCCGAUAAACUCUCAAGCCACAUCUUCUGUUAGACAAAAAGACUCCAUGGAUGUAGCACUCCAAACAUGAGUGGAUAAACAAAAGAAGCUACUCCAGUUUCACCUGGAAACCCAGACAGGAGGUGAAGAAGAGCUGCUCCAGGCUCCAGCACCAUGCAUCAUUGCCUAUGGAGAUAUAUCAUGGUUGCUGUGUCCUUAAUCUUCCUGAACUUCUUCCUCCAAAAGAAUAAUGAGGAGCAUCUUACAUAUAACUUAUCAUUGCAGGAGGAAAAGAAGAAAACACUGUGGCAGCUCAAUGAGAAGCAAAUCAGCUCUGAACAGAAGAACCAUCUGGCGACCUUCAAGGACAUGCAGAAACCCUCCCCUUUACUCCAACGGGCCAGCUACAAAUUCCUGGCUGGAUCCCCUCCCCAGGAAAAGAAGCUGCUGACGGUGGGGAUUUCCUCAGAGCAGCACCUUCAUGGGAGCUACCUCUUGGACACCUUGCAGUCCCUUUUCCAAGCUUCUUCAGAACCUGAGCUGAAUUGUAUCGUAGUGUUGGUCCACCUGUCGGAUCCUGAUCCCGAAUGGCUCAGCCAAACGGUUGCCAAUAUUUCAAGCCUCUUCAAACCACACAUCGAGGCCCAGAAGCUGCUCGUGAUCCAUGGUGGUCUCAGUGACUCCCCUCUCCCAGGAGAUCUGAAUAACGUUAGUCACGCCUCACCCUGUGAAGCGCAUUAUUCCAGGCAGAAAGUCAAUUAUGUCCUCCUCAUGAACUUCGCUCUCAACCUUUCUGAAUACUUUCUGAUGAUAGAAGAUUAUGUGCACUGCACCCCCAAAUUUAUUUCUACCAUCUAUUGGGUAUUAUCAGCCUGGAAAGAACUACCUUGGGUGAUCCUAGAGUUCUCCAGCCUGAGCCUCUCUGGGAAAGUGUUCCACAACAGUGACCUCUCCCGCCUGACCUCUUUCUUUCUCCUUUUCCAUGAGAACAUUCCCAUUCAUUUGUUUCUCUCUGAAUUCCGUCUACUCUUGGCCCAAAAUGUUCCAAUUCGUUUCAGUCCCUCGGUCUUCUACCACAUGGGCAAUUAUUCUGUGUUUGAGGACACUUGCUUUCCUGUGGAGAAGGAAGAGGUCUUUGAUGAACCAGACAACCCUGUUGCCGAUGUCCUCACUGACAUGAUGGCAGAACUGAAUAUUAUUCCACAGUAUGCUUAUAUUCUGAACAAGGAGUGCUACUCUGUCCUCGAUCCUAUAGAAGGCAACUACCUGACAGUGAUUUUGGAGAAGCCACAGAAAGUCAUCCGGAUAGAGGUGUUGACAGGUUCUGACAAACAAGGGCUGUACUGGCUACAGCAGGGACAAGUGGAACUUGGCUAUGAUCCCUUAGAGGAUUCCAGAGGCUGUGCCCGCUAUACCCUACUAGGUCCACUGGUGGAAGGACAUUUGGACCAGAGGGUAUUUUAUGAAGAAGAUUCUGUGGAGGAGUUGAGUUGUAUACGAUUGACUGUGCUAGCAUCUCAAAAGUCUUGGCUCCUGAUCAGGCAGAUCAGAGUCUGGACUCAGAAUGAGGAAGAGGAGAGUUAGCACAAUGGGAAUACUGGAAGGGUGGGGCUUGAGAAUGGAAUCCACGUGGCUGACCAGAAAUAAAGCUAAAAUCGAUCAAA